AUGAAUGAUUUAAACAAUCUAUUAAACAAAUUAGAUUAUACAAAGAGCAAAGAAAUAAAAUACAUGAAACAAAAGUCAUUUGAGCUUGUAGGAGAAGGCAAUCGAUUGUUUCGUGAUAAAGUUCCUGGAGUAAUUCUAACUCUCGAGAGAGACAAUCAACAUCUCAAAGAAGAUAUCGAAGAAUUAGAAGAAAAAAUAGAUAAAGCAAAUAAAACAUUAACUCAUCGCAUGGGCAAAAUACAAAAGUUAUCUGAUAUGCUAUCUGUCGUUAGCUUGGACCAAUCUUCAAAGAAUCUCACUGAUUUAGGAAAUGAAAUUAAUCACUACCGGAAUCUCGGACAUAAUUUAAAGAAGAAAUUUGAUGAAAUUGUUGAACAAUCUAAAGCAUGCGCCAAUCUUGUUGUACCAAUUCAAAAAACUCACAACAGAGCAAAUAUUUUGAGUUAUCAUGAGGUAUAUGCACGUUUUCAAGAGAAUACAGAAGAAAGACUAAACAAAGUUAUGGACUAUAAGUUUGAAUUUAAUAGAAGAAUCGAAGAAUUACUAGGAAUGUACCAACAAUCACCAGAUCUUGCCAUUUUAGUGCCUUUCUUCAAGAGAACAAUUGCUACAAAUCAUUCCAUUAAGACUAGAUUGCAAACAAUUAUCGAUGAGAUGAAAUGGAUUGAAGAUCGCGUUCAUCAAACUACAGAUAUCAUGUUUGACUUGAUGUCGCCAGUUGUCCCUGAAGGAAAAUUCUCACUAAGAACGUUGAUCGAUGAUUGGACCGAUUUUACACAAAACAAUUCGACAGUUCAAGAUCAAGUUGACGAUUUAGUCGACAAAGCAGCUAAAAAGAGAGAUGAAGUUCUCUGGAGAAUAUUAAAUUGUGAAUCUAAGAUAGAAUGGAUCACUUCAAGGCUCAGAGUCUGGGAAGGUGAAAUUCGAGGUCAAGUUUUUUAUGAAGAGAGCUUUGAUGACUCAAUGGCUGAGUUAGAAAAGAAUAUGGAUAAGCUUGAGGCCCUUGUAAAUGAAAAAUGGGGAAAGAGCGAAGAGAAAAAUAAAUUAUUCGAAGAAUUAAAGAUGAUGAAGGAUUCUGUCCUCAAACCAACUAAAAUGGAUAUUAAAGAUAUCGGAACUCCGCCUGAAUAUGAAGAAGUUGACCUAGAAAAAAUCAAAAUACCGUUCCCAAAGUUAGAUUUAACAUAUCCGGAUACAGCAAUGUCUGUAAAUGCACAGGUUUUGCAGGUAAUAGGUCCAAGAAGGAGAUCAGUUAUGCCAAAGAACGUUAGAGGGUUAAAUCCAGGAUUGAAGAUUUCAUUCUAUGAAAACGAUGAUAAAUUCAGAAAGAAAUUGAAUGAGGCAAUCCUAACUUAUGGAAAAGAGUUCGAAAAUACAGAACUACUGUCAAAACACAUCAAAGAAAUCGAGGGAAAAUCAUAA